GUCAGUAGCCUACGGACUAUCGACAGUACAACAUCGCGAAUUUUUUCUCUCAUAAUCUGUUUUUUAGCCAACUAUACGAUGGAGUCCUGGGCAAUGAUCUUAGCCUUCAUGGCAGUGAUACUCAGCAUUUAUUACUACAUCCUUAAGGACUUGAAAUACUUCAAAAAAAUUGAUUUACUAUAUUUAAAACUAUGGUCGUUAUUUGGAAACGUGGGACAAGUAUUUUUCUGUCAGAAAACGAUGAUUGAUAUAACUAUAAAUGCUUACAAUCUGUAUCCAAAAGGCAAAUACGGUUUCUUCGAUAUGAGUAAUCCGAUUUUACUUAUUCGUGAUCCUGAAUUGAUCGAUAUGAUCGCAGUGAAGGGUUUUGAUAAUUUCAUGGAUCACAGAGGAUUCGUCGACGAAGUACAGGAUCCUCUUUUCGGAAAGAAUUUAUUUUCUCUAAGAGGCGACCGAUGGAGAGAAACUAGAACAAUGUUGAGUCCAGCGUAUACUUUAAGCAAACUAAAAGGUAUGUUCAAAUUAAUGAACGAAUGCGGGGCAGAUUUUGCAGAUUUUUUAUUAAAAAUGCCAAAGGAUAAAAAAACUAUAGAAAUGAAGGACGUCUUCACGCGAUAUACCAAUGACAUAAUAGCCACAUGUGCAUUUGGCAUCAGUAUGAAUUCGAUGAAAAAUCCGCAAAACGAAUUCUAUGUUCUCGGAAGAGACGCAACAAACUUUGACGGUAUUAAAUCUCUAAAAUUCUUCCUUAUUCGAUCUUUCCCAAAUAUUGUAAAAUUAUUCAACAUCAAGUUCAUAUCCGGUAAGAUCGGUCAUUUCUUCGAGAACGUUGUCCAGGAGGUAAUCAACACUAGAGAUCAAAACAAUAUUGUACGAGCGGACAUGAUACAACUGAUGAUGGAAGCUAGAAACAAAAAAGCUGAAAUCGGACAAGAAUUAACUAUGAUAGAAAUAGUAGCUCAGGCGUUCAUCUUUUUCCUUGGUGGCUUCGACACCGUUUCCACGGCUAUGUGUUUUACUUGUCACGAAAUUGGUGUCAAUCCUGACAUACAAAAGAGACUUCAGCGCGAGAUCGACGAGGUCAUUGAAAAGACUAAUGGAAAUCCAACUUAUGACGUUGUCAACAGCAUGCAAUAUCUAGACGCUGUGAUAAGCGAGUCCCUACGAAGAUAUCCGAUUGCCAUUAUUCUUGACAGAGUUUGCAACGACAAUUUCGAACUGCCACCAAGUUUACCUGGAAACAAACCCUUUGUCUUAAAAAAAGGCAUGAAUGUUUGGAUACCAGUUUGUGCAUUCCAUCUUGACUCGACAUAUUUCGAGGAUCCGUACAAAUUCGAUCCCAAAAGAUUCAUGAAACGGGGAAAAGAGAUCAACAAUUCCGGCAUCUACUUACCUUUCGGUUUGGGACCUAGAAUGUGCAUUGGUAAUAGAUUCGCUUUACUGGAGAUGAAGGUUUUGAUAUUUAAUUUAUUGGCAAGAUGUAAUCUCAAGCCUUCUGCUAAAACCCAAAAUCUAAUUCGUUUUUCCAAGAGAGGAAUCAAUUUGACCGCCGAAAAAUAUUUUUGGAUGGAUUUAGAGGAAAGAAAAGAUGUUCAUCCAGCUUUUAAAAAUUUCAUCCCUAAUAGCACUACUGAUGAUGAUAUUAAAAGUGAUACAUCGAUUAAUGGUGUUGCUAAUGAUCAUGCAAUUAAAGCUUAAGACCUAAAUAAUAAAUGAUAAAUAUAAUUAUAUAAUGAAAUUUCAUUUAAUAUAUGCAUACAUAUAUAUAUUUAUAUAUGCACUGUGUAUAUAUACGUUAAUAAAAUGUUAGGUGCGUCGUAUCUUAAUUACUAGUUUGCCCAUCGUAAUCUACUUAAUUACACAUUAUCAUGUUUUGAAUUACGCUUUAAGCAGAUCAUGUAAUUGUAUUGCAUAUUGUUUUAGAGAAUAUAACUAGUGUAUCGCUUAGCUAACUAAAAUGUAAAUAAUAUAUAUAUAUAUAUUAUUAUUAUUACUACUAUUAUUAUUAUUAUUAUUAUUAUUAUUAUUAUUAUUAUUAUUAUUAUUAUGAAAAGCUAAAUCAAAAUAAUGGAGGUCCAUCAGUAUUUACAAUUAUAUAUUUAUUUAUAUAUAACGAUAAAUAUGUUUUUAGAUAUAUAUUUAUGUUUUUAAAAAGGCUCUUUUAUAUUGAUCGACUAAAUAUAGACUUUUUCCAAGGACUCAUUUAAAUAAUCUUUUUGGUUUAAUAUAUACGCGUCCAUCCUUUAAUGAAUUAUUACUCCUAAAUCGAAAAUGGGAUGGAAUAAGAUGCGAAAAAAGAGAUUAUUUUUUCAUAUUCGGUAAAAUAAAUUAUACGGCUCGUAAA